AUGCUUUUUCGCAUUUUAUUGUUUAUUUUGAUUGGUGGAGCACAAGCAAGAUCGUGGAGCAAGAAAGCUAAAUAUUCACUUAAAACCAUUCAGACAAUAACAGGAGAUCUAUUUGAUUGUGUUGAUAUGUAUAAGCAACCAGCAUUUGACCACCCUUUGUUGAAAAAUCACACUCUUCAGUUAAAACCAAGUAAUUUUCCCAAAGGGAUGAAGCUUGCAAAAUCUAAACCAGCUUCUUUUUAUGGAUUCAAUGAUACUUGUCCUUCUGGAACUGUUCUUAUCCACCGUGCUCGAAAACAAGAUUUAAUUGACUCUCAACUCUUGAGAAACCAAUUUAGAGCACAAGCUGUAACUCACAACCCAACUGCGGAUGGAAGUCACAACACAACUGUUGAAGGAAGUCACUACGCAAUAAUGGAAUCAAUAUAUGGUCCAUUUUAUGGAGCAUACGCAAAAAUGGCGACUUAUAAGCUUCCGGAUCUACAAGCUGGUCAAACAUCAUCCAGCACUAUAUAUCUUUUUGGCGAUCCAAAAGUUCCAAAUAAUGAACUCAAUGUGAUCCAGGCUGGUUGGCAUGUUUCACCGAUCAUGUAUGGUACCAGCUAUCCUCGUUUUUUUACUUUUUGGACCAUUGAUGGGUACGAGAAAACGGGAUGUGGAAAUUUAGAAUGCCCUGGUUUUGUUAGCACCACAAAUAUUUAUGGACCGGGAAGUUUUAUUCCUGAAUUUUCUACUUAUGGCGGCGAACAAAAAUAUCUACCUAUACUAAUAGCUAGGGAUUCUAACACAGGGAAUUGGUGGGUUACCUAUAAUGAUCAGCUACCUCUUGGGUAUUUCCCUAAAGAAUUGCUUCCGAAGAUGAAUAAAUAUGCAUCCGCUCUUCAAAUGGGUGGGCAUGUUUACUCUCCCUUGAAUGUACCGAGUCCUCCUAUGGGUAGUGGACAUCCAAGUACCGAAGGAUCUAAUAAAGCUGCUUAUUUCAUUCAAGUUCAGUCAGUGGAUUCGUCGAAUAACUUGAUCAUUUUCGAUGAUGAGUAUCUUGAGUUUAGGUUUGAUAUUAGUGACUAUUAUAGCACCGCUGAUGAUCAUUAUACAUAUAAUGCUGAUAAAUAUGUUUUUGCUUACGGAGGAGCUGGAGGUUUCAAAAUAAAGUAA